UUUAAAUAUUUUGGAUAGCAAUUCCGUGCAGAUGAAGUGUCUCCGCCUCUGGUCUUUUCUCUUCUCGCAAGCGGAGCCCCAAUUUCUCCUUCACGAACCCUAAUUCACUCUUCCCAUUCGAAAUCUCGAUCACCUUUUCGAUUCAACCUUUCUCUCCUCGCUAAUCUCUUCGUUCGCCUCGCACAUCAAGGUGAGGGAUUGAAAUUGAAUCCUCAAGAUGCCAGCUACAGCAGGAAGGGUUCGCAUGCCUGCGAACAAUAGGGUUCACAGCAGUGCAGCGCUUCAAACCCAUGGUAUAUGGCAAAGUGCCAUCGGCUAUGACCCUUAUGCACCCAAUAAGGAAGACAAGAAGGAUUCUUCUCAAAAUCUGCCAAAUGCAGAGCCUGAUGCUGAGAAUGCAUAUGCUAGCUUCCAGGGGCUUCUACAGCUUGCUAAGAUAACAAAUGCUGAGGUGGAUGUAUCCCGUGGGGCCUGCAAAAAGUGUGGCCGUGUUGGGCACCUCAAGUUUCAGUGCAAGAACUAUGUGAAAAUUAAGGAUGAAAAUGAGAAGGAUCCUGAAGCAAUGCAGCCUGUGGGGUUGGUUGGAUUGGAUAAAAAGUUGAAGGCUGACAAGGUGGAUAAGAGAAGCAAUGUUGAGAGCUCUGAAGAGGAGGAGGAUAGUGAAAGUUCAGAUUCUGAGAUUGAUUCUGAGAUGGAGAGAAUUAUUGCUGAAAGGUCUGGGAAGAAAAUUAGUGGGAAGAGAGGUUCUUCUAGAAAGAAGGGGGAUUUGGAUGAUGAUGGAUCCGACAAACAUUCUGGCAAGAGGAGAAAGAGAGGUAGGUCAAAGAAGAGGAGUGCUAAGAGGGAAGUUAGUGAUUCGGAUGAUUCAGGUGAAGAAAGAAGGAGGAGGAAGAGAAGGCGGGAACCCAGGAGGAAGAGGGACAAUUCUUCAGAUGAAGACGACGAGUAUAAGCGCAGGCAUAGAAAGAGUAGGAAGGAGAAGAGGAGAAGGAGAAGCCGUCUAUCAGAUCCUGAUUCCUCUGAAGAUUUCAUUAGAAGGCACAAGCGAAAGAACAAGAGGGCCUCAUCAUCAUCUGACACUGAUUCAAGUGGAUAUAAUGAUUCAAGGAAGGGUAGGGAUGUCAAUAAAUCAGGAAAGAGAAGGAGCCGUCACCAUGGGGAUGAUGAAUGAUUAGUGCCGUAGUCAAUUUUAUGCCUCCUGAUGUUUCUAAAUUUUCAUGUAUCAUACACCUAUAAUAUGCUUGUUUAAAUUGUACCUUGCUUUGCUCGAUUUCAGAGUUUGGAUGUUCAAAUACUCUGACUAUAUUGACUUUUACUCUCGUUUGAGAUUAAGUUCAUGGCUGGUUGUUUUGCACAAGCUUAUAGGUGUUAUUUUAUAGCCUUACGAUCAAGAGCUGAAGGAACUUGGUGUAUACUCCUGGUUUCUAUAUGCUAUUCUCAAUGUUUAGUAUAAAUUUAGUCCAUAUAAUCA